UGCACUUUCAUUCCUAAUCUUUUCAGAACUAUGCACUUCCAACAUUUGGACAAUAUCUGACUCUCUGUCUCUUUUUAGUCUUUUCCCAGUUGCAAGGUUGGAACUCGCAAAGGCCUUAAAAUCCUCCACCGAUGGUGCCUUCAACAAUGUAGUCGAAACCGCCAUAUCGGCUUUGGAUGCUCUUGUUGGCGUAAACGGCAACUUAAAUAACUAUUUUCACCACUGACAUCACAAAAGAAAACCAAUGUCUCACAAAAAUUAAAAAGCAGAGUCACUCACCUGGGUUUAUCCAAAAAUCUGGUGAAUUACAGAUGAUCAACUUGAUUGAAAUUAUGAUAUUACGUUUAGGAAGCUUCCCACACUUAAAAGUAUCAAACGGUAGGUGAUGGAUUUCACUAAAUAAUUUAAACCACGAAUUAACUUGUACACUAGUACAGCUGCGCCAACAGAUGCGACCAUACUCGCAGAUAGAGAAAGAAUACAAGAGGCACAUUCUGCGAAAUUUUAUCAGAGGUCUUCACCAUUUUGGAAAGAGUAUUAUGUCGAAAAUGGAUAAGAUUAACACUUCUAGUUCUGAAAAUGUGCGUAACUCCAAAUCUCAUUUUUGCGACAACUUUGGAAUUCCUGGAGUGAUUGGUUGUAUCGACGGCACUCACGUUAAAUUUAUGAAGCCUUGCCAGAACGAACAUCUUUAUUUUAAUAGGAAAGGAUGCUUCAGCAUAAACGCGAUGAUCAUAUGCGAUUACAAAAUGGCAAUAAGAGCGGUUGAUGCCUGUCAUCCCGGGUCCUGUCACGAUUCCUUCGUUUUCAAUUUAAGUAGUGCAAAGCAGUUACUGUUAUCAAAGUAUGAAAGUGGAGAUCGGAAUUCUUGCUUACUUGGGGAUUCAGGAUAUGGUUUGGAUACUUUUUUAUUAGUUCCUUACAGAGAUCCAAGGGCUGGAACUCCACAGCAUAAAUUUAAUAUGCAACACUCUAAAGCCCGCAACAUCGUUGAAAGAGUCUUGCAGUGCUCAAAAGCCGUUUCAAAUGAUUGCAAACUGUUUUGCCAUAUGCGCCCCAGAAAGUUGUUAAAAUAAUUAAUAUUUGCAGUGCCUUGCAUAAUAUAUGUAUGUCGGUUUUAUAAUUUGAAUGGUUUUGCUGAUAACUUUUCUUAUGAAUUUCGCUGGUGAUAA